CACAGCAUCUUCACAGCUUCACGACUGGACUGUUUCGGAAAAACUACGCUUUUCACGUUCAAUAUGGGGAAAGUUGAAGGCGGAAUGAAAUGCGUGAAAUAUCUACUCUUUAUUUUCAACUUUACGUUCUGGCUGAUGGGCUCAUUGGUGUUGGCCGUAGGACUCUGGCUGAGAUUUGAUCCAAAUACUGUGUGUCUGUUGGGAAAGGGUGGACCAGAGACCUUCUUCAUUGGUGUCUAUAUCCUCAUUGCAGCUGGGGGGCUGGUGAUGCUGGUGGGCUUCUUUGGAUGUUGCGGUGCCGUGAGGGAGUCUCAGUGCCUUCUGGGAUUGUUUUUUGCUUGUCUGCUUGCCAUCUUCGGAGCAGAAGUUGCAGCAGGCGUGUUCGGCUUCCUAAAUAAAGAUGAGAUAAUUGAGGAAGUAAAGACUUACUACGACAAUUCUGCAAAAGACUACAACAAUACAACCAUCCAGUCCUACUACAGAACUUUAAACUGUUGCGGUUCGACCUCAGUAAGCCCCAGUUUGUGUCAAGACAUCACAACAAACAAGACAGUGAAGUGUGACGUGGCCAUCGAGGAGUUUUUCAACAGUAAACUCUUCAUCGUUGGAUAUGUAGGGAUUGGAGUUGCCGGAGUCAUGAUUAUUGGCAUGAUCUUCAGUAUGGUGCUGUGCUGUGCGAUCCGGAACAGUAGGGAAGUGAUCUAGCACCUCACCUGGACUUGACCUUUCACCUUUGACAAUUAAGCCGGACUUUCACAUCUACAUUCCGACGUUCAAUUGUUCCUCUUCCACCCCAUAAACUCAGGAGCAAAAAACAUAUCUACUUUGAUAUUUCAGUUCACCACCCGAUGGUUAGUCCAGCUUCUAUUACAUUUACUUAAUCACAUUGCUGGAUUGUAUUUAUUUAUGCCUGCUGGUUAGGUGCAUAUUCCAAACCCAACAAAAAUAAGAUGAGCCAUUCUGUUUUUAUGAGAUAUCUUUCACAUAAUCCAAAUGUAGAUGUGGAUUUAAAUGUAAGAGCCCUCCGAUCAACUCUCCCUCCGAACUAAGAGCUUUGCAUGGAUCUACUGCUAUUCCUGGCAGUUGCUGCGUGCCAUCACAUGUCAGAUAAAAAUAUUAUGUAAUGUGAAGCUUGGGGUACUGUGGCAUGCCUAUGGCCAGUGGGUUUGAUGGUAAAAACACACCUCUUACCCAGAGAAAUGUUUAUACACAAGCAUGGUCUUCAAACCCAAAAACAUGCACUCACGUAUUUGUGAUUUAGAAAAUUUGAUUUAGAAAACAUUUCAUCCAGUUUUGUUCACCUCAUAUUCUGUUAAUCUUACAUCAAAAGUUCCUCUGUUUAGCAUAAGUCUCACACUUACAUCUUACCGACGUCAUGACAUGAUCAGGUUUCUGUUGUAGAGUUAUCUGCAACCCCCCACUGAUAAUGGUACAUCAUGCUAUUCUUGGGCUUCAUGAGGCAAAUCUUCUUCUUCACAUGUGGAUCUAACAUGUGGUGUAGAGUUGCCUGGUUAUUUUACGUCUAUAACUAAGUAAAGACUCUAGACUAAGCACAGCGGCACACUGUGAAAACGAAAGGACAGUAAACAAAACAAAUCAUGAAUAUAUGAAAUCAUUAAACAUGAUUAUAAAGCGUCUGGACAAUAAACGUUUGAUUCAUUAUACAAUUGAUUCAUACAAUUUCAAGCAGUGUUUUGCAGUGUGACAUGCUUUAAAUAAUUAAACAAAAAUGUAUUUGUAACUAUUUACAACUGAGUUCAUAUUAAGGCUGAAAGUGUGCAUUAUUUUAUUAAUUGUAAUAGCAAAAUCAGCCAUGGUUGAUGUCUCUAGAUACUUAAAUGUGCUGAUAGCGCCACAGUGUUCAGUUUGUGUACAAAUCAAUCAGCUUAUUUAUUGUUGUCUCAUAUAUUUACGCUGCAAUCUGUAAUUUAUUUUGGUUAAAAACAUAGACUGUAAAAAAAGUCUGACGACGCUUUCUUCCAUUGUAAUGAUGACAGGCGCUGACAUGUGACGUAAAAACAUCAGUUAGGAGCCUGCGCAGAAGAAAUCGUCAGUGGAGCCCGUUAGCAGAGCCGCGGUAUCAAACUUCCGCCCAAACACUCUGCAUGCCCUGUCAACCACGCCCCCUGAACUUCUCAUUUGACUGCCCUUUACCGAAGACUUGCUAAAAUAAGAUAAAUACAACAACUAACGACUUUUUGUUGGAAACCGACAAUUAAUAGUUUGUAAUAUCUUCAAUCUCCUCUCGAAGCUCUCAAAGUCCGAAGCUGUCAAUCACAACUGUCAUUCAUAGGGACACGCCCUGUUUUUAUAGCAUCAAAUUACUAGCUUAAAUCAAACUUUUCAUAAACGCAAACAAUUGAACAUAGAUCAGCGUGAUAACAGCUACCAUACAUGACCAACCCUCUUUUGGAAACUUUUAUUUGAAGUUAAAAAAUUUUUUUGACUCAAGUCCUUUUUGUUUACAUGCAGAGGCGGUUUUUAAGAGCUGAACUGAAUCCAGCCACUAGAGGGCGAUGAAAGAGCUCGCUGCUUCACUUUUCACAAUGUGUGAGGCACACGCAGUUAAAAAAAUUACAAAAAUUAGUUGAGAAUAAAAUGGCGGUGUUUAAAAGUGUCUCCUUACUCCAAUUCACUAUGGUAAGCUUACAAUAAUAAUUUAUUAUUUGAGCUGUUGGGUACUAUUUUGCGGGAAACGUCAGAAGUCAUUUGAUUUCAAUCCUAGUUACCUGUCAUUUCAAUUUUUUAACAAAGAUGACGAUAUAGCAGCAAAAGUUACAAAUUGCAGCUUUAAAUAUACGUAUUUUAACAUAAAAAUGCACACUUCAGCUUUAAUUGAGAGACUACAUGGAUACACAUUUGGACUUGUUUAUCAAUAUAAUGUAUUUGUCACACUGCAGGGCUGUUCAAAUAAAGCAAAACACCUGAAAGAUAAUUUUAUUUGUGGAAAAAUUGUGAAAUGGUAAUUUCUAAGUUAUGAUCAAACUUUAUUGAAUUGAAAUUGACUUGGUUUAGUCCUAAAUACUUAAGUCGUUUCAUGAAAAAUAUUGUGUACAUAUCUGUUCUCGUUCGUCUAGUUAUCAUAAGGAUUUGUUUUGUGCUGUUUAUUUGUAUAGAGGUAGCUUUGGCCAGUGUACAGUGAACUUUGUUUCAUUAUAGUUUGAAUUUUUUAUAUUAAGGUGCUUUUUUUAUUUAUCCGAAAAGACAUCUUAAUAUUUUUUUGAAAGAUGCGUCUCAAGAUGUGUUCUGGAAAGGGAUUCUGUUAAAUUAUUUUUUCUCAUUGUUAAUUUAUAACGCAUGGGCAGCCGUUGGUUGGUCAGAUAUUUCUGCUGGUGCAUCACUGCUGAAGGUCGAGUUAAAGUGGCAUUAGAGUAGAAAUGGUAGUUUAACAAACAGUAACACACAACAUACACAAUGUUACUGUAGAUCUGUAUUGUUUUAUCAACCCAGUUAAAGGGAUACUUCACCCAAAAUGAAAAUUCUGUGACAUUAACACCUUGGAGUUGGUCCAAAUCUGUAAAAUUGUCUUUGUUCUGAUGAACACAGAAAAAAUGUUUGGAAGAAUGCUUAUAAUGCUUAUAGUUUAGCUAUUAUAAGCGGACAGAUUUUUUGGGGUGAAGUUUACCUUUAAACUGCGAUUGUUCGAAACAUGUAAAAAUGCAUGAAACAUGUAGUGUAACUUUUCUUUAGGGGCUUUGUGUGUUAUUCCUACAAUUUGUUUAAACAAUGUAGAGAUGUUUUGUACUGUAAACAUAAAAAAACAGUUUUGGGACAUUUUUUUAUGGUGGUGUUCACAUAUUAUGUGUUUAAUUUAUUUUUUAAAGAAGUGAGUUGAGUCAAAACAGCAUUCAGGUUUCUCAGGAACAUUGCUGCACGAAAAAAACUAAUAAACUACUUUGAAGUUUC